AUGGAAUUCACCAAUGUUAAAUGCACAAGUUUUGACAAGGAGUUCACCGACUUUGAAUAUUGCUAUCUGAAUUCGGUAAAUCGGAGCUAUAAAUAUCUAUCGCUUAAGUGCAACCUACUUCAAGCUCCAGUGACUAAAAUCAAAUUGAAUGUUUCGUUCUUCAAGCGAUUUAGUGGCUAUAGACCUUUUAUGUACAAUGUCACAGUGGACUUCUGCAGAUUCCUGAAAAACCCCAAUUCGAAUGCAUUUGUUAACUUUUGGUACCGUAUGGUUGUUGACUACUCUAAUAUCAAUCACACGUGUCCCUACAACCGCCAUAUACGCGUGGAAAAACUUCCAAUCGAUGUUGUGAAUUUCCAGAUGACAGAAGUGCUGCCUUUUCCGGAAGGAGAUUACUUGAUCGAAUCCACUUGGAUUGCUUACGACAUUAAAAGAGUCGAGUAG